GAAAACCUCACAGGUUGAGUGAUGUAGGAGAUUGCCGGACACGUAGACGUGUUGAGUGAUUAAAGCUGUAUACUGAAACCCCACGGGUUGGGUGAGGUUUGAGAUUGCCAGAUACAUAGACGGGUUGAGUGAGGAUAGCUGCAUACUGAAACCCCACGGGUUGAGUGAUGUUGGAGUGCCGGACACAUAGAAGCGUUGAAUGAGGAUAGACACAUAUUGAACCUCACAGGUGAUUUGUAUUGGAGAUUGCGAGACACCUAGACGUGUUGAGUGAGGAUAGCUGCAUCCUGAAACCUCACAGAUGCAUUGGUUUUUGAACACAUAGACGCGCUGCGUGGGGAUAGCUACAUACUGAAACCUCACGAGUUGAGUGAUGUUGGAUAGUGCCGGACACAUGGACGCUUUGAGGGAGGAAGGACACAUACUGAAACCUCACAGGAAGGCCAACGGAGGCCUGGAGGGGAACGUCAAGCAGAUGUGGGAAGGGAUUAGUGGAAUGGUAAAGAAGACCGCGCGAGGGGGGGAUACAGGGGUCGCAAAUUUGCGAGGUUUGAACGGUGGACUAGUCAGCAGUGGGAAGGGAAAAAGGGAAGUUCCAGCAGGACACUACAAGAGACUUGGAGUGCCCUCGGAGAAUGAAGCUUUUGACCAAGCGUUUAAGAAGGAGGUGGACGCAUGGGCCCAAAAAGAAGAAGAGACAUCGAAGGCAGACGUUGGGAACGUAGAACUAGAAAAGGAGUUCACUGAGGACGAGGUUGAGGCGUGUGUGAACAAGCUGAAGUGCCACAAAGCAGCAGGAGCGGAUGGGAUAGUCAACGAGUUCAUGAAAUGGAGAGAAGGAGUGGUUCUGACCUUGUUUAAGAAAGGCGACAAGACUGACCCAGGAAACUACAAGGGGAUCACACUGUUGAACACAGUAGGAAACGUGUUCUGUAAGCUGCUGAAUGAUGGGAUAGUGGGAGUAUUGGAGAAGGAACAUAGCAUUUGUGAGAGCCAGGCAGGUUUCCGAAAGAAGAGGGGGUGCGUGGACCACGUAUUCACGGUAGGGAGAAUCAUCCAAGGUAGAAAG